UAGUACCUGGAGAAGGUUCUUUUAGCAAGCAAACCUUGUCAGUCCCGCCUACCUUGUCAGCCCCGCCUACCUUGUUAGCCCCUCCUACCUUGUUAGCCCCUCCUACCAAGUGUGUCAGCUGUAUUGACAACCUGAUUGCAAGUUAUCAGUGCUUGGAAUGCCCAGACGAUCCAUUCCUCUGUGAUCUUUGUGCAGGAGCACAUAGAAGACUUCGACAGACAAAUAAGCAUAUUCUGCAGAAAGUUGAUUUUAACCUGGACAGUCCUUCAAGUGUUUGCUCUGAAAUACAAAACUGGAUCCACCCAUACUGGAUCUCAGGCUUACCAACAUAUUUCCUAGUAGAUCAGAAACUAUCUGAAGACGACCACAAGAUUUGUGCUAAUUUUUUUGAUAAGCUAAAAACAAGUCUAGCUGUCUACAAGUCCAGGUAUCCUCAGAGUGAAAAGUUUGAUGGAGAGUCCGCUAAAACUUCUCUUAUUCAUUUCAUCAAUGGUCUCAUGAAAGAUUUGUCUGAUUCUGCUGAAACCCCGGGAGCUAGAACUUGUUUUCUGAUCAGUGAGUUGGUGAACAAUGGUCUAAUUCAGGCAGGCUACUUUAUCGAAGUGGAAACCCUAGAAGCAAUGAAAAAACUUAUCAAAUCUGAAAGUGUGAUCGUACAGGAAGCUUGUUUGCUGGCAAUCCUGGCAAUUUUAAAGGAGGUAACUGACCUGAAAGCUCCAUUUAGCUUCCACAAAAUGAAGUAUCUUGAGAAUGAUAUUUGGAGAGUUGUGAAAGUGACGUUUAAUAAAGAGGACCGGAUUCACUUUCUCGCCAGGAAAAUCUCAUUUUUGUUUGAUCAUGACUUUAAUUCCUAAAUUCUAAAAUUAGAAAUUAGAGAUUAUACAAAUAUAAUAUAUGUAUAAUCUCUAAUAAAUAAUCAUGGUACUACUUGUUUAAGAAUAUGUGUUCUUGUUUUUAAAUGACAAAUUCAUGUUAUAAACUAUAUGAUUACUUUAUAAUGUAAGUUUUUACUAGUUAUUACUUGUUUUAAUUGUUGAAUACGAUUAUGUACUUUUAUACAUGUGACUUCAAAUUAUGAAAUAUUUUAAUGUAAGCCUUGUGUACUUUUUUAACUUGUACCUGUACGGACUUGACCAUGUUGUUAGAAAUACAUAUUGGACAAUAUUGAAUAAAAUUUACUUUUUGUUUA